CGCCCAGCACUACAGGAUGAAGCCCCAGAUUGUUGCCUUCCUUGGCCUGGUGGCUGUGGCUGUGUGUGUGCAAGGCUUCUCUCUGCGCUUAGAUGGCGCAGCUCCGCUAAGAGAUCUUGUGUCCAGUUUAAGAAACGGGACAUUUUCUUCGCGUCUUCCAAGCCUUUUGCCGGAGUUACCAGAAGGUGGCUUUGCACCGCUAGGAGAUGCCUUGUCCACUUUCAGGAACGAAACACUUGCAAGCCUUUUGCCAGAAGGUGGCUUUGCACCGCUAGGAGAUGCCUUGUCCACUUUCAGGAACGAAACACUUCCAAGCCUUUUAUCGGGAAUACAGACAUCAUUCCCCCACAGACUCCCUGGCCGCAUCGGAUAAGAAUCUGCGUUGCAGUGGAAUUAUGGCUGACGACCCGGAAGCGUUUCCCAUCAACUUUGGACCAAGUUAAUCACUAGCACUUCUCUCUCUCUCUCUCUCUCUCUCUCUCUCUCU